AUGCGCAUGUGGGCCCCGGGGGGAAACGUGCUGUGUCCAAUCACAGCUGAUUGCAUGUAAACAAGGAAAUGCCAGUUAUUGGCAGUCCUCUCCUUAUGCUGACAGCACGUGAGAGGAGAGCUGGUAAAUGGCAUUCCUCAGAGGAGACAUCUAUACUGAUCAUCAGAGCACUGACGAUCAGUGCCCUGAUGUUCAGUGUAGGCCCAUCAGUGCCACCUGUCAGUGCCCAUCAAUACCCCAUACCAGUGCACAUCAAUGCCACAUAUCAGUGCCUACCAGUGCACAUCAAUGCCACAUAUCAGUGCCUACCAGUGCACAUCAAUGCCACAUAUCAG